UGUUAUGGCCUUCAUCCCUUACACAUUUUUCACCAAAAAACGUUUAAAUGAAGUUAUCAUCCACUGUGGUAAAGAAUUAUCUCCAGUUAUCAUGAACAAAAAACUCAUGAACUUAUCAAGAACAAAAAAAACAUAAAAUCCUAAAAUUCAUAAAUACAUUUAGGCUGAGUGGUCGUUUGUUUUGAACUGUCAUCAACAUUGUCAGAUCAAUUGUUUCAUCAAUUAGGUGAAAUAACCCAACGCCCAAGUCCUCGAAAUCCGCGCACAAUGGGUCGAUACAGAAAGAAAGAUUUAUCGAACGAUGACAGUAGCGACAGCGAGGAGGAGCGUCGCAAACGUGACAUCCAAGCCCGAGACGAAUUUGCAAAGCGUCUGAAGGAGAAAGACGAGUCAAAAGUGCGAAAGGUCGCGAUGCCAGCGGGUUCAGGUACAGUGGAGGCAGCGAAAAGGCUCAAAAUCAUGGAAACCGAUUCAAGAGACAAACUGCUGCCAAAGCUCCGAGUGGAAUCCCGCCGUCAAUACCUGGAAAAACGAAAGGAGGACAAAGUAGCUGAGCUGGAGGCUGACAUAUUGGACGACGAGUACCUCUUCAACGAAGAAGUUCUAACAGAACGUGAGAGAAAAGAAAGAGCGCACAAAAAGCAGCUUUUGCAGCUGGCAAUUGAGCAUGAGAAAGCGAGGGAACUCGAGAGGGUCCAGAGGUACCACAUGCCCCUGGAGAAGGGCAAGGGUGAGGUGGAGUCAGAGCCCAUGGACAUUGAGCCACCGCAAUCAGAGCAGAGCAAGUGGGAGUCCCAUCAGAUGACAUCAGCCCAGUUCAAAUUCGGAGUGAAGAACAAACAAGAGAAACAGGAGUACGAACUUCUCCUGGAGGACGAGGUGGAGUUCGUUCAGGCGCUGGGAAUCCCCGGAAGCACAGAAGAUCGUCGAGAGGCCCCACCAGUGACCGAGAAGACCAAAGCCCUGACGACAAUCGAAGAAACCCAAAAAAGUUUGCCAAUUUACCCCUUCAGAAGGGACUUGAUUCAAGCAGUGAGAGAUCAUCAGGUUCUCAUAAUCGAGGGUGAGACUGGCUCUGGAAAAACCACGCAAAUACCUCAGUACCUCUACCAGGCUGGCUUCACCAAGAACGACAAGAUCAUUGGCUGCACCCAGCCCAGACGAGUGGCCGCAAUGUCAGUGGCUGCCAGAGUCGCCCACGAGAUGACUGUGAAGCUUGGCAAUGAGGUGGGCUAUGCCAUAAGGUUUGAGGACUGCACGUCCCAUCGAACGAGGAUAAAAUACAUGACUGAUGGCACCCUGCACAGGGAAUUUCUGAGUGAACCAGAUCUCGGAUCUUACAGUGUCAUGAUAAUUGACGAAGCUCACGAACGUACCCUCCACACUGACAUUCUCUUCGGCCUCGUGAAAGACAUCACACGUUUUCGAAAAGACUUGAAGCUCCUGAUAUCGUCAGCAACCCUGGACGUCGCAAAGUUCAGUGCAUUUUUCGAUGGUGCACCAAUUUUCCAAAUUCCCGGUCGUCGUUUUCCGGUGGACAUUUAUUACACAAAAGCACCUGAGGCUGAUUACAUUGACGCCUGCGUUGUCUCGAUACUUCAAAUUCACGCCACCCAGCCCGUGGGGGAUAUUCUGGUGUUUCUCACUGGACAGGAUGAGAUUGAGACGUGCCAGGAGAUGCUGCAGGAGCGAGUCAGACGACUUGGAACUAAAUUGGGGGAGUUGAUGAUACUCCCUGUGUACGCAAAUUUGCCGAGUGAUAUGCAAGCAAAAAUAUUCUCACCGACACCCCCAGGGGCCAGAAAAGUCGUCCUCGCUACGAAUAUAGCAGAGACUUCUCUGACGAUUGAUAAUAUUGUUUAUGUCAUUGAUCCUGGAUUUGCGAAGCAGAACAAUUUCAACUCCAGGACGGGGAUGGAGAGUCUCAUGGUUGUGCCCAUCAGCAAAGCCUCGGCCAAUCAGAGAGCUGGGAGAGCUGGGAGGGUGGCGCCUGGAAAGUGCUUCAGGCUUUACACUGCGUGGGCUUAUCAGCAUGAACUUGAGGACAAUACGGUGCCUGAAAUUCAGAGAAUCAAUCUUGGAAAUGUCGUGUUAACUCUCAAAGCUCUCGGCAUCAAUGACCUCGUGCACUUUGAUUUUUUAGAUCCACCUCCACACGAAACUCUGGUGCUUGCUCUGGAGCAACUGUACGCACUCGGCGCUUUGAAUCACAAGGGCGAGCUCACGAAACUCGGGCGGAGGAUGGCUGAGUUUCCUCUGGAUCCAAUGAUGGCAAAGAUGUUACUGGCAAGUGAGAAGUAUCGGUGUUCCGAGGAAAUCGCUACUAUUGCGGCAAUGCUGUCUGUGAAUGGAGCGAUUUUUUAUCGCCCCAAGGAUAAGAUUAUUCAUGCCGACACGGCUAGGAAAAAUUUUCAUGUGCCGGGUGGGGAUCAUCUGACUCUGCUGAACGUCUAUAAUCAGUGGCAGCAGAGCGAUUUCAGCACGCACUGGUGUUACGAGAAUUUCAUACAACAUAGAUCAAUGAAACGAGCUAGAGACGUUCGUGAGCAGUUGGUUGGCCUAAUGGCAAGAGUUGAAAUGGAACUCAUCUCCGGCAUUACAGAUACCAUAAACAUUCGAAAGGCUAUAACAGCUGGCUACUUCUACCACGUAGCGAGACUGUCGAAAGGUGGACACUACAAAACCGCAAAGCAUAACCAGACAGUCUCCAUUCACCCCAAUAGUUCACUAUUCCAAGAGUUACCGAGGUGGCUGCUCUACCACGAGCUGGUGUUUACCACUAAAGAGUUUAUGAGGUCAGUCACGGAAAUCGAGAGCAAAUGGUUGUUAGAAGUCGCUCCUCACUAUUACAAACCGCGCGAGUUAGAGGAUUCGACGAAUAAAAAAAUGCCGAAGGUCGCAGGACGGUCGAGACCUGAUGGCACUCACUGAUUCAAUUAAUUCAAUUGAAUUGUAUUUUUGAACCUGUUGUAUGGGGGGGGGGGGGGAGAAUUGUUAGAAUUAUUAUAAUAGUACUUGUAGGCUGGGCUGACAGCCAAAAAUCUUUUAAAUAAAAAUUGUACAGAAUAAAAUUUUGGCAAAAUACCAA